UUUCAAGUUAAAUUUUUACUAAUUCUUCAGAAAAAAAAGUACAAAAAGAAGUAAAAUAGAUAAAAAAUACAAUCAAGAGAUCUAUACCCAUUUAUUAGUCAACACUACCUGCUGCUCUCAAAUUGAGUUGCCUUAUUGCGUACUCAAAGCCCUACUAGUUUUGUACUUCACGUAUGCCACUGCAUUUAUAAGUCAUUACUCGGAAUCUUUUACUAUCACUGUCAACUUGCAAAGUUUGUACAAUUUUGCAGUGAACAAUGAGUACUGAGACUGAUCAAGUGUUCACUGGUGCCGGUGAACAGCUUGACCCGUUUUUUAUAGACGAUGCAGCCGAACCGAAUGCUUCAAUCACAGUCGACAAAGAAAAUAGUGAAGAGCACGAAGUAGCUGCUUCUGAAACGUCUUCUGUUAGUUCUAGCGAAUUUGACGAGGAGGAAUGGGCUGAGGUUAGCAAAGGCCGUUAUUUUGGUUCUGAUCCUAAGGACGACAUUAUUUGUCAUAACUGUAAAGGACAUGGCCAUGUUUCCCGGGAUUGCACACACACUCUGUGCACAACAUGUGGUGCCAUCGAUGAUCAUCCUCCUCAUAGAUGUCCCCGUACAAAACGAUGCAUGAACUGCGGUUUACUUGGUCACAUUCAAUCCAAAUGUCCCGAACCAAGAAAUCGCUCUCGUGUUUGCCGUACAUGCAAUAUAGACACACACACGAGCCGUACAUGCCCCCUUAUUUGGCGUUACUACGUUGAGACAGAGGAUACUGUUCGCGUAGAAGCUGGUCGAGUUAAAAAACACUGCUACAACUGUGCAGCAGAGGGACAUUUUGGUGACGAUUGCGACUUGCCAUCUCGUUCACAGUAUCAAAGUAAUACGGCCUUUUGCGAAGCAAAUUGUCCUACUGGAAACGAUGUCUCGAAUGAAGAAUUCACUAAAAAACUGCAUCAAGAGUUUAAAGACGAUAGCCACUAUCGUCCUUCUAGUUCUUACUCGCAGUCCAACAACAACAACAAAUACUCAAAACGUCCUCAUAAGCGGAGUUAUUCCAGUGGCUAUAAUUCAUAUAACUCGGACAGAAAACGCCGUGACAACUAUUCGCCAUACUCAGAUGGCCGCGACAAGUCCUUAAGGAAUCGGAUAUCCUCACCUUCCUCUCCAGCUGAAUCGUCUAAACGGAGAAAAACUUGGCGUAAGAGAUGGUGAUUUUGGUAAUUUUGGUGAUUUAAUAAAAAAGCGUUUAAAACAUUUCCGUAUAGUCCUCAAUGGGUGACACUCAUGUAUCACCAAGACCUCGUAUCUCUUCAUUUUCACCGACGCCAUUGCUAGACUAACAAUUCCAUUCUUUUCCCCAACCAGUGCCCAUUCCAAAU